GAUGCGUGGGGCCGUGCCGCGGGGGCACGCAGGGGACGGAGCGGGACCGUGGCGGGUGCCCGCUGAGCUCUGCGUCCCCAGGCAUGGCGGGGCUGCUGAAGGCCCUGGUGAGUGCCUCAGAGAAGGCGGCCGACAUCGCCCGGCUGUGCCGGCACGAGGAGCCCCUCUUCCAGCUCCUGGUGGCCGAGAAGACGGGCGCCGACAAGAACCGGCGGUUCCUGCAGGACUUCAAGACGCUGGCGGACGUGCUCAUCCAGGAGGUCAUCAAGCACGACCUGGGCACGGAGUUCCCCGAGCUCCAGGGCCACAUUGGCGGCGAGGAGUCCAACGAGUUCACCAAUGCCCAGGGGGAGACGGUGGCGGUGCAGGUGUGCGGCACGGUCGGGGAGACCGCGGCGCUGCUGGGCUCCGUGCUGGCCCCCGAGCAGGCGGCAGCCGAGCUGCUGGCAGCCGCCGCGCACCGGGAUGUGGUGCUGGGGGACGCGGCGCUGGAUGGGCUGGCCCUGAGCAUCCCUCCCGGGGACCUGGCCAUCUGGAUAGACCCCAUCGACUCCACCAACGAGUACAUCGGUGGGCGCGAGGACGUGGCCCCCGUCGACGGCAUCUCCCCCGCGGGGCUGUGCUCGGCGCUGGUGCUCAUCGGGGCCUAUGACCGCUGCUCCGGCUGUCCCGUGCUGGGCGUCAUCAACGAGCCCUUUUUCCACCACGACCCCCUCACCCACAGGUGGCAGGGCCGGUACCACUGGGGCGUCGCGUACCAGGACACCCGUCUGUGUUCGCUGAGCCCCCCGCCGCCUCCGCGCCGCCCGCCACGCGUGGUGCUGAGCCGGGCCGAGGGGCCGGGGGUGCGGGCGGCCCUGGACCCCCUCUGCGGCGGCCACCUGCACUUCGCCGCCGGCGCUGGCUACAAGAUGCUGUGCGUCAUCCUGGGGCUGGCGGACGCCUACGUCCUCUCCGAGGGCAGCACCUUUGCCUGGGACGCCUGCGCCCCCCACGCCAUCCUGCGGGCCCUGGGCGGGGGCACGGUGGCCCUGGCGGGGGCCUUGCGGGCACGGCGGGUGGGUGAAACCGGUCCCCCCCCUGAGCUGCUCUACAACCGCCCUGCGGAGGGGGCGGCGGGGGCCGAGCGCUGGGCGAACCGGGGGGGGCUGGUGGCCUACGUGCACCCCCAGCACCUGGAGGCCGUGCUGGACGCGCUGGUGGCUGUGCCCGGGCUGUGAGCCCGUGGGUGCGGGG